AUGACAGUGGGAAAUUCAGCUAAUGACACUGUGAUUCAUCCAAGUCUAGUUGAGGAUAUUGUGUCUUCAAUGCAUCAGUCUGAGGAUACAUCAUCUUCUGGGGAAUUUGAAACACAAUCAUCAUCAGCAAUUACUCUUUCCAACCCAAUUGGUACAACUCAUUUGCUUCCUGUCUUAGAUCUUGCACAACUACAGGCACCAAGGGCCUGGAAUUCAAAAUUUACAAGCUUUUUACUUGCAUUUGGUUUCAAAACUACACUAUCAGACUCUAGCUUGUUUGUGAAGAUUGAUGAUAGGGAUGAUAAGGGCAGGUUAACAUAUUUCUUGGGAUUACAAAUCCAAUACAACUCUGAUGGUUCAUUGUUGGUUGCACAGUUAAAAUAUGCCAAAGAGCUACUCAAGAAAACAAGGAUGGAGAAUUGUAAACCCACAUCAACACCAUCGAAGCCCCAUUUUCAGUUACUUGUGGCUGAAGGAAAUCCUUUAGCAGAUCCUACUCACUACAUGAGUCUUGUGAGAGCACUUCAGUACCUAACCUUCACUCAUCCAGAUAUUGCUCACUUAGUUAAUGUAGUUUGUCAAUAUAUGACUCAUCCGACAGAUUUACACAUGCAUCUGGUGAAGAGAAUCAUGAGAUAUUUGCAGGGUACCUUAGAAUGUGGGUUGAAGUAUACCAAGACACAUGAUUUUAACAUUGCUGCUUAUUUUGAUUCUGAUUGGGCAGUUGAUAUUAAUACAAGGAGGUCUAUCACUGGAUUUGUGGUGUUUUUGGGAUUUAAUCCAGUGUCAUGGCAGUCAAAGAAACAAGCUACAGUUUCAAGAAGUUAUACAGAAGCUGAGUACAAUGCUCUAGCUCAUUGUGCAGUUGAUGUCUAUUGGAUCAGGUCAUUACUCAAAGAUGUGAGUCAAUUUAUACCUACACCUCCCAAACUUCAUUAUGAUAAUCUCUUUGCUUUAGCACUCUAUUCUCCAAUCCAGUAUUUCAUUCUAUGA